AUGGCUCAAGCAUGUGCAGUGAAGGGCGCCAAAUGCACGGUGCUUAAUGAAGAAAAGUUGAAGCAAGUUUUCAAGGAACACGAUAAGAAUAAUGAUGGUCUCCUCAGCAAGGCAGAGCUAAAGACUGCCUUCAACAGCCUCGGCUCUAUUAUCCCCAGCAUUCCGGCCUUCAUUGGGCUCUUCCUUGCAGAUUCCAAUGGAGACGGAUUCGUAGGUGAGGAUGAGCUCAACGCUCUAGCCAACUACCUUUUUGAUAACAUGGUUCGUAUUUCUAUGGUUAAGAAAAUACCCCCCACUGAAGAGGUGUUACGGGAAAUCUUCAAAAAAUACGCUAAUGGCGACGGCUGUCUCAGCAAGGCAGAGCUAAAGGACGCCUUCCGACACCUCGGCUCUCGUAUGCCCGGCUGGAGAGCCAGCCGUGGCCUCCACCAUGCUGAUGUCAACGGAGACGGAUUUGUCAGCGAGGAGGAGCUGAGCGAGCUCGUGAAAUACGCUAAGAAACAUGGAUAUUCCGUUUAG